CACAUUCAACUUAAAAUAAUUAAGUAACCAAAUAUCUGUCGAAUACAUAUUUCGGUUUGCUAUAUUAAUUUACAGUAGCAGAACAUAUUGGCUUGAAGCUACAUAACCAAGUUUCGAGCGAGUUUUAUACAUCCUAAGAAAUCAAGGUUAGUAACCAAAGUGUUGGCAAUAAAACAACAAAAUUGUUGGAUUAAAAAAAAUUUGAACGAAUCUUCAGAGCACAACAAAAUACAAAAACAGCUGUUUUCAGCCAUUGAAUUAAAAAAAGAAAAGGAAAAGCAGAAUGAGCUGCCCAAACAGCUGAGCGUAAAUAUUUUGUAGCGCAUUUAAAUACAAUUAAAAUGACAAAAUUACCGAAAACAGCGUUAAAUUUGAAGCAGUUCAUGCUACGCCAGGAGGUGCUUAAGCUGUAUCGUGAGAUCUUUCGCACCAUAAGACUUGUGCCCGACAAGAGUAACCAGCGUGAGUUACGUGAUUGGGCGCGUCAUGAUUUCCGCACGCAUAGCGGUCAAACCGAUGAAAUGGCUAUUAAGAUGAUGAUGCAAUAUGGACGUAGAAGCCUAACUGAGCUGCAGACAAGUUUGGAUCUCAGUGGUAUUAGUAAUGACAAAGCGAAGAGCGCUAAAGUGGAGGAAAGUACGAGAGCACACAGUGAGGAAAUUAAAAGUUAAUUGAAACUCAAAUAUUGUAUGGAAUAAAACAACGCUGCAGAAGUCACAGACCACUUUAAAAAUAAGUUAGUAAAAUUUGAAAAAAUUCAAAAUAAAAAACAGUUACACAUUUUAUUUAAUUUGAA